GAAUUACACCUCUCACCGAAUAGGUUACCUCUUGCAUAAAGGUGCGCGUGACCGAGUUCGCUCUUGUUCCAUAUCUAGAAUAACUCCCCGUCUCUUCAAAAUUUAUGAUAGAAGGUUGAUGGCCCCAAGUCGUCGACAAGUACUCAGAAAUGACUCGGGAUACCAACAACUCAAACGGCGUAAAUGGCCAUGCUAACAAGAUUGUAAUGGCGUCACCAUUAAACCGGGCGGCCGAGGUUGACGAUCUCGUAGCUGCAGUCCAAUCCUUAUUGCUGUCCUUCAUCAAGUCUGCAGACGACGCAGCGCCAGAGAGGGCUGCAGGUGGCAGUCCGACAUCACAAUCCAGUGCGCUCGUCGAUCCCCAUCCGCCAAAUGUAUUGGCAGAAAGAUUGGCACUUUCUUUACCAAAUAAUGGUCGAGGGCGCGAUGGACUGCUCGAUAUUAUUCAGAACCUGCUGAAGUACAGUGUCAAUACUUGGGAUCAGGGAUUCCUUGAUAAGCUUUAUUCCAGCACCAAUGCUGUCGGAGUGGUGUCGGAGCUGGUACUUUCGGUCUUGAAUACCAACCUUCACGUAUACAAUGUUUCGCCCGCUCUGACGGUUAUCGAGCGACAAACUGCAAAGUCGUUUGCCAACUUAUUUGGAUUUAAAGGCCCACGUGCAGGAGGCAUAACAUGUCAAGGUGGUUCAUCCUCAAAUCUAACGUCAGUGGUUAUCGCCCGCAAUGCACUCUAUCCCGACACGAAAUUUGAUGGCAAUGGAUCCUACAAAUUUGCUUUAUUUACUAGCCAACAUGGCCACUACUCUGUAGAGAAAGCCGCGAUCGCUUUAGGUCUGGGGAGAGCCGCCGUCGUUUCUGUGCCCAUAGACGAAGCCGGCUGUAUCAUUCCUACGGCGCUGCGCGAAGCGGUGAUACAAGCAAAGAGUAACGGCAAGACUCCUCUCUACGUAAAUGCCACGGCUGGUACUACCGUACUUGGUUCAUACGACCCGUUCCGUGCUAUUUCAACAAUAUGCAAGGAGUUCAACCUUUGGUUCCAUGUCGAUGGGUCUUGGGGUGGGAGCGCCAUAUUCUCGAGGCAACGGCAUAAGCUCGAUGGCACUGAGCUUGCUAACUCGCUGACUGUCAAUCCUCAUAAGAUGCUCAACGUGCCGGUCACAUGUUCAUUCUUGUUAACAAAUGAUUUGAGCAUCUUUAAAAGAACUAAUACCCUGGCUGCCGGGUAUCUGUUCCACGGCGAUAACGACGAGGAAUGUGCAAACGGAAAUAACGACGAGGCAUUUGACGACAAUAAGGAAUAUUGGGAUCUUGCCGAUUUGACCUUGCAGUGCGGGCGCCGUGGAGAUGCAUUGAAGCUAGCGCUUGCCUGGGUGUACUACGGAGCUGAGGGUUUCGAGAAGCAGAUAGACCACGCGUUUGCUAUGGCUUCGUAUCUCGCAAGAUUAGUCCAACAACACCCGGAUUUGAAGUUAGUAAGCAGCAACCCGCCGCCUUGUCUACAAGUCUGUUUCUAUUAUGCCCCCGGCGGUGUAUUGGGGGAUGAGAAGGAAAACACCCGACGGACACGCGAAAUUGUGAAGGGAUUGAUACCAAGGGGCUUCAUGAUCGAUUAUUCCCCAGGACCUCAAGGAAGCUUUUUCCGAGUCGUGAUUAACUGUCAAACGUUGGAAGGGACUGUGGAAGGACUGUUGAAGGCAUUGGAAGGGGUUGGUCGAAGCGUGGCGGUAUAG